UAAAUCCCAGUAGAGGCAGCAGUGCCAAAGAGCAAAGAGCUCAAUGAGUCGCCAUAGUUGACUUAGACAGAUUAACCCCAAAAAGAAUCCCAAAAUCAUCUCUAGAGAGAGAAGACCAAAACGAGGAGACUUAACAAAAAAACACUUCCAUCGUUCACUACUAAUCAUCGUCCUAAUUCGACGCCGGCGGUUACAAAUCGGAGAGAUACUCUCUGAUUCCACCGUCUCGGUCAACAGAUCUAGGAAGGAAGUUAGGGUUAUUUGUUUUUUGGUUGUGUUAGGAGAAAUGCACAAGUAGAGAGAAUAGAAUGGAUAGAGGUAAUAAUAACAACAACAACAUGAAUAGAGGAGCCAAGAGGAGUUUGGAUAGUAACGGUGGUGGGGGUGAUGAUGGUGAUCAUCCUGAACGUAAACGUCCUGCUCUUGCUAGUGUGAUUGUAGAGGCUCUGAAAGUAGACAGUUUACAGAAGCUUUGCUCCUCUUUGGAACCUAUUCUCCGCCGAGUUGUCAGUGAGGAAGUGGAACGUGCUUUGGCGAAAUUAGGACCUGCUAGGCUUACUGGAGGUUCUGGGUCUGGGUCUUCUCCAAAGCGAAUUGAAGGUCCAGAUGGCAGGAACCUACGGUUGCAGUUCAGGUCUAGGUUAUCUCUUCCGUUAUUCACUGGGGGAAGAGUAGAAGGAGAGCAGGGUGCUGCAAUCCAUGUCGUCUUGAUUGAUGCCAACACUGGCCGUGCUGUGGUAUAUGGUCCUGAGGCUUCUGCCAAGCUUGAGGUUGUUGUCCUUGAGGGUGACUUCAACAAUGAGGAUGAUGAAGGCUGGACACAGGAAGAAUUUGAAAGCCAUGUCGUGAAAGAGCGUCAAGGAAAGAGACCGUUGCUGACUGGAGAUUUGUAUGUUACUCUCAAGGAAGGAGUUGGAACUUUGGGUGAGCUGGUUUUCACUGAUAACUCGAGUUGGAUUCGGAGUAGGAAGUUCAGGCUUGGUUUAAGGGUUUCUUCUGGGUGUUGUGAUGGCAUGCGCAUACGUGAGGCUAAGACGGAAGCUUUCAUUGUUAAAGAUCACAGGGGCGAAUUGUACAAGAAGCAUUAUCCACCUGCUCUGAAUGAUGACGUGUGGAGAUUGGAGAAGAUUGGUAAGGAUGGUGCAUUCCAUAAGAAGCUUAAUGGUGCCGGAAUAGUCACUGUAGAAGACUUUCUGAGAAUAAUGGUCAGGGAUUCUGCAAAAUUGCGUACUAUUCUCGGAAGUGGAAUGUCGAACAAAAUGUGGGAUGCACUAGUAGAGCACGCUAAGACGUGUGUCCUGAGCGGUAAGCUUUAUAUCUACUAUGCUGAGGAUUCGAGGAAUGUCGGCGUUGUGUUCAAUAAUAUCUAUGAGCUAAGUGGUCUCAUUUCCGGGGACCAAUACUACUCUGCUGACUCACUUACUGAAAGCCAAAAGAUAUAUGUUGAUGGGCUGGUGAAAAAAGCAUAUGAUAACUGGAACUUAGUCAUAGAGUAUGAUGGAAAAUCUCUGAUAGACAUGAAGCAGCCUCAGAGGUUGGGUAUUACUCAAAGUGAUGAGGCAAAUUACUCAACUGCUGCCAUUAACCAUCCAAUGCAGAUGGCAGGGCAUUCAUCCUCAGUGCCGGCUAAUCAACCUCCAGUGCUUUCUGAUUUUGCUAUUGGAGGGUAUGAUCAAACUAUGGCAACAAGGUAUCCUCCACAUCCCCAGCUUCUAGUCUCCAACCCGAGAGCACAGUUUGAGGUUGCUUCGGGCGCAACAACGCAGGAUCAGCUCAUGGUAAAUCUACAUCAGGGUCAAAGCUCCAUGAACAAUCAAAACAUGAACGGUAUGCUUGCUCUCGGUCCUCCACAGUCAUCCACGAGUGGGUACCAAAACAUCAGUACUUCUUCAGUUCACCAGACAAAUCUCAAUCCUUUUGAAUUCUGGUCGAACCACCGCGAGAGAGGAGCAGAAGAUUUCUUCUCAGAGGAAGAGAUCCGACUCAGAAGCCAUGAAAUGCUCGAGAACGAGGACAUGCAACAGUUCCUCCGCCAAUUCAGCAUGGGAGGAGGAGGUAAUGGCUCUGCCACGCAUUUGCCGGAGGAUGGAUAUACAUUCCCGUCGUUUCUACACACGCCAAUGCAAGGUUAUGAUGAAGACCGUGGUAGAUCAGGCAGAGCUGUUGUUGGGUGGCUUAAGAUAAAGGCAGCAAUGAGAUGGGGUUUCUUCAUCAGGAGGAAAGCUGCUGAGAGGCGAGCACAACUUGUAGAGCUGGAUGAUGACGACGAAGAAUAGUCUGGUCAUUCUUCAUCAUGAUCGUGUACCGUACCUUCAUGAUGAUGGUAACAACACUAAUGACUCAAACAGUGUUUACCAAAUGGAAACUGACUCCUGAGGCAGCAGUGCGAAUGGAGGUGAAGGGACACGGGUAUUGUGUAAAAGGAGUGUACAGUUAGACUCAGUGGAUGUGUGUGUAUGAAGCAGGAGACUUCUAAUAUGUUUGAUAGACUCUCAUUUAGACAUUAGCAUUCUUAAGAACUGAUUUUGCAGUCUUAACAAGUAGAAUCUAUGUCUUUCUUUCUAUUUGAUACUCAAAACACCAAUGUUAUGUUUCUAUGAUUCUUGCUUGAUGAUUAUUAGUUGGUUGUGUUCUGAGAAAUUUUUAACUAUCUUGGCCGGAGUUUAUGAUAAUACUAACACCUUUGAUGAC